ACGCUUCUCUCCGGUUCGGAAAAAAUGGCGGACAUGGAUGAAUUGUUUGGGAGCGAUGGGGACAGCGACAAUGAGCAACAAAGAGCCAGAUCUGAGUCUGGUUCUGGCUCUGGGUCAGACUCGGAGCAGGAGAGACCGCGCUCGGCCAGCCCUGCGUCAGGCAGCGGUAGCGACAGUGAACGAGAGAGGGAUGAGGAUGAGGAAGAUGGACAGGGGAAGGCCAGUAUGAACAAGGAGUUGUUUGGGGACGACAGUGAGGACGAGCGGCACAGUCAGCACAGCGGCAGUGACCGGACCGAGCGCUCAGGCAACCAAUCAGACGGCAGUGCUCACUCAGAUCAGGGCGAGCACUCAGACGCAGAGCAACACAGUGGAUCGGAGAGGGGAUCUGACAGAGGCUCGGACAGGGGGUCUGACAGGGGCCACAGGGAUGAAGAUGAAGAUGAGGAAGGGCACCGGUCUGAUGGAGGCAGCGCUGGGGGAAGUCCUGGGGCUAGUCCGGCUGGGAGUGCAGGGUCCAGAGGGUCUCAUAUUUCUAGAGGAUCCAGGGGUUCAAGGGGGUCCCGAGGUUCAAGAGGGUCUCGGGGGUCCCAAGGGAGUCCGAGGUCCGAAAGAGGCAGUCCACGGUCAGACAGAAGUGCACACAGUGAUCCAGGCACUCCUCAGUCUGGUCCCGGGACCCCUGCACACUCUGACGCUGAGGGGUCCGGCCGCGAGAACCAAUCAGACGACGAGAAAUGGGGGCGUGGCGGGAAGAGUGACCAAUCAGAAGACGAGGAGGAGAAACGCAGAUACUCUGAUGAAGAACGGGACAAUUCAGAUGAUGAGGGCCCCAGGAACAGGAAGUUAGAAUCAGCGAAAGGCAGCGACAGUGAAGACGAUUUCCUCCAAACGAAAUCCAAACCAAAAGUCGCUUCAGACUCAGAUUCAGACAGUGACAUCGGAACAAAGAAACCAAAAAAAGCAGCUGCAGACGACCUGUUUGGAGAGGCCGAUGACAUUUCUUCAGACAGCGAUGCCGAGAAACCCCCCACACCUGGACAACCAAUGGAUGGGGAGGACGGUAUGGAGGGGGAGCAGGCGGAGGAGGAGCCAGUGCCAGAGACUCGUAUUGAGGUGGAGAUUCCCAAAGUCAGCACUGACCUGGGAUCAGACCUGUACUUUGUCAAACUGCCCAACUUCUUAUCAGUGGAGCCCAGGCCCUUUGACCCCCAGUACUAUGAAGACGAGUUUGAGGAUGAGGAGAUGCUGGAUGAAGAGGGACGAACCAGGCUCAAAUUAAAGGUUGAGAACACAAUCCGGUGGAGAGUGAAGAGAGACGAGGAGGGCAACGAAACCAGAGAAAGUAAUGCUCGUAUCGUGAAGUGGUCAGAUGGCAGCAUGUCUCUGCACUUGGGAAAUGAGGUGUUUGACGUUUACAAAGCUCCACUGCAGGGAGACCACAACCACUUGUUUAUCCGUCAGGGCACCGGGCUGCAGGGACAGGCCGUGUUCAAAACCAAACUCACCUUCAGGCCCCACUCCACAGACAGCGCCACCCACAGGAAGAUGACCUUAUCUUUGGCCGACCGCUGCUCCAAGACCCAGAAGAUCCGGAUCCUCCCGAUGGCCGGGCGAGAUCCUGAGUCUCAGCGCAACGAGAUGAUUAAGAAAGAGGAGGAGCGUCUGCGAGCUUCGAUCCGCAGAGAGUCUCAGCAGCGGCGGGUCCGUGAGAAGCAGCACCAGCGUGGUCUGAGCUCCAGUUACCUCGAACCCGAUCGCUAUGACGACGAGGAGGAGGGCGAGGAAGCUAUCAGUCUGGCGGCCAUCAAGAGCAAGUACAAGGGUGGAGGAGGUCUCAGAGAGGAGCGAGCUAGAAUCUACUCCUCUGACAGCGAUGAAGGCUCUGAUGAUGAGAAGGCCCAGCGUUUGAUGAAAGCAAAGAAACUGGACAGUGAUGAGGAGGGCGAAGGCUCCGGCAAGAGGAAAGCAGAAUCCGACGACGAGUAUUCCACAAAGAAGAAAAAAUACGUUAUAAGCGACGAGGAAGAAGAGGAGGAGGGAGAGGUGGAAGACGAAGAUGAUGAUGAAUAAUUAUAAUUUUUUUUAGCUUUGUAUUAGCGACUCAACGGCGUAUAUAAUGGGCCGUGUUAUGUUUGUAUAUUUGAAUGUGUGGGUGACUGUUUAUGUACAGCAGUGGUGAGAAAUAAAGUGUCUUAUGU